UCAUUUAAGCCUUUACUUCGCUUACACAGUACUGAAAAGUCCCAUUUUACCUCCCUGUAUCAAACAAGGCAAUAGGCAAACAAAACAUACUUUCAGUUUUCAAGAUCUAAAGAUAAUGGAUACGAAAGAUAUCAAAAACAAGAUGCAAUAUAAGAAUUUGGGUAGAUCUGGAUUAAAAGUAAGCCAACUAUCCUACGGAGCAUGGGUGAGUUUUGGAAAUCAAUUAGAUGUUAAAGAGGCAAAAACAUUACUACAGUGUUGUAAAGAUCAUGGUGUUAAUUUCUUUGAUAAUGCUGAGGUUUAUGCAAAUGGUAGAGCUGAAGAAAUCAUGGGUCAAGCUAUUAGAGAAUUAGGAUGGAAGAGAUCAGAUAUUGUUAUAUCUACAAAAAUAUUUUGGGGUGGACCUGGUCCAAAUGAUAAAGGAUUAUCUAGAAAGCAUAUUAUUGAAGGAACUAAAGCUUCAUUAAAAAGAUUAGAUAUGGAAUAUGUUGAUAUUUUGUAUUGUCAUAGACCUGAUGUUUCAACACCUAUUGAAGAAACAGUUAGAGCUAUGAAUUAUGUUAUUGAUCAUGGUUGGGCUUUUUACUGGGGUACUAGUGAAUGGUCUGCUCAGCAGAUUACCGAAGCUUGGGCUGUUGCUGAAAAAUUAGAUCUCGUUGGUCCUGUUGUUGAACAACCUGAGUAUAAUCUUCUAUCUAGACACAAGGUGGAAUCAGAGUAUCUACCGCUUUACACCAACUAUGGUAUAGGUCUUACCACAUGGAGUCCACUUGCAUCUGGAGUUCUUACCGGGAAGUACAAUAAUAAAAAUAUUCCAUCAGACAGUAGGUUUGCUCUAGAGAAUUACAAGAACCUUGCAAGCAGGUCACUGGUUGAUGACGUGCUGAAAAAAGUUGCUGCUUUGGAACCAAUUGCAAAGGAGCUUAAUGUGCCUUUAUCUCAACUUGCAAUUGCUUGGUGUGCAUCAAAUCCUAAUGUUUCGUCCGUUAUAACUGGUGCUACGAAGGAGGCUCAAAUUGUAGAAAACAUGAAAGCUGUUGAUCUCAUUCCAAGACUUACACCUGAAAUUUUGGAGAGGAUUGAAACAGUUGUCCAGAGCAAGCCAAAGCGUCCUGAAUCUUACAGGUAAAAAAGGACCACGAAAGAAAACCCACAAAAGCCAGGGGCUUCUUCCUCGGCAUGCGGUGUCAGUUGGAUACAGGUUGGUGUCUAGUCUGAAGAUUGGUGAAAUAUACGAGUACCAGUUCAGAAUCUUUUUUUUUUUUGAACGUUUUUGCUUCUUUUCCUUUUGUUCCGCAACUACAUUGUAAAAUGCGUGAAGGGAUGCAACUGAUUCAUUUCUUGGACUUAUGGAUUUAAUGUGGUGUUUGUAUGAAGGAUGAUGAUUUUUAUGCAAUAUGGGAGACAUUGUACUCUUAGAUUUGUACCCUUCA